UUGAUAUUGUGAUUCUAAAAACACUUUUUUAGAUUUGUUUAGUGUUUUGAAUGCAGUAAUAGUUGUGAUGUCAUUAUUUCAAACCCACGAAUUGUGGAGAAGUAAAAAUACGAGCGACGAAGAAUGUGGAUUCGGGUGUUUGAGUGUCGCUAAUAUUGAUAACUCUACUGAUGGUUCAGACAAAGUAAUAGUUGGAAGUUAUCACGGCGUUGUUCACAUAUACUCCCCAACCCCGGACUUGAACCACGCACAUGAUGUUUUACUCGAAGUCGACCUCAAUCUUCCCAUCUUGCAAAUCGAAGCUGGUCGUUUCAUUUCUGUUUCCAGUGACCUUCACCUUGCAGUGUUGCACCCUCGUAUUCUAGCAAUAUAUAAGAUCUCUGUGUCUGAGGGAGCAGUGGACCACGGACACCAAUAUUCGAUGUCGAAGUUAUUUCAACACCCAUUGGAACGAACGGCCAUGAAUAUGGCCACCGGCUGUUUUGGUGGUGCUCAUGAUCGUGAUUACAUCUGCGUUCAAUCGAUCGAUGGCUCAUUAUCGCUGUUUGAGAGCGAGUCGUUCAUCUUCACGAGGUUUUUACCUGGGUUUCUACUCCCUGGCCCUCUAGUGUUCAACCCACGCACUGAUUCCUUCGUCACGAUAUCGUCGGCCAAUUUCCUCGAGUCUUACAGCUACCAAGUACUUGCAGUAGCGACGGACGUUGAUAAGAAAGAUGAAAAACAACGAGUUUCAACAGGGAAGAAAAUAUUGGUUGACUGGAGUUUCAACUUGGGUGAAAAUGGGGUCGAUUUGCAAGUUGUUCAAAUUAACGACAAAUCCAAUGUCAUUAUGGUGUUGGGUGAAAGAUCAAUAUUCUGCAUGGACGAGGGGGGUGGGUUAAAGUUCAUGUUGAAGCUCGAUUAUAACGUCGCUUGUUUUCACGCUUAUUCAUGCAACGGGGCCGUGGUCACGCUUGUAUGCACGCACUCACAACAAUUGCUAGUCUAUGAUGUCACAAAGCUACGAUGGGCGGCCAGGUUGGGGGAAGUCCCCGUCCAGAUACUACGAGGAAAUUUCAACAACACACCAGGGAUCCUCGUCACAUUAUCCGACACUUGCAGUGCCAGGUGUACCUACUUAGGGACUUCCCCCUCCAUGUUCAUGGUGCCACGCUCCAAAGAUCGGGAAGUUGACGCCGAUGACUUGCAACUCCAAAUAUCAAAGUUGAAUCAAACGAUUCAACUUCAUCAUUCUAAAGCCACCCACUUCACCCUGCCGUUAUCCCUUGUUGUUAAACCUGCGUCACCCGUUAAGAAGAUGGACCACAAGGUGACACUAGAGACCGACGUACCCUGCGUUAAUUUAAUGGAUAUGUUCUCAGAAUUCUGUCAAUCCGACAGUGGUCCGUCUUGUAUGGGGUUUGAAUAUUUCCACGGGGCAAAAGCGACAAUUCUAACUUCGAAGUCGUCAAAUCGUUACCGCGUACAAUGUGAUGUCUAUGAUGGUUUAUGGUUGGUAACGAACGAGCUUGUCCGUCGAUUAAACGAUAAAAACAUUGAAGUAACGACGCACGAAUCCCCAAAUCUAACGGAGUAUUUCGAUAUCGUGGACCAACAUUACUUGUUACGAGUUGGUUGCGAAGAAUUAACGUUCGGUUUGGAGCAACGAGCCCAACAAUACAGAGCAAUCCAACGUCGUUUAUUAACGCGGUUCAAAGAUAAAACCCCUUCCUCGCUAAACUGUCUGGAUACUUUGCUUGAAGGAACGCAUCUGCAGUUAAUGUCGCUCGCUGACGCCCUCGUGCAGCACGACGAACGUACGAAGAUUUGUUCGAAUAUUUUAAGUUCAGCUUCGUUGUUGGUGUCGUUGAUGGUGAAACUUUGGUCGCGGAUGGAUGGCCAGCAGGGGGCGGUGUUGAGGGGGGCGUUUUGCGUGGAACAAACUUACACCAAACAUAAUUCACUCGGUUGGGAGGAGAUGGUUGAAGCAUCUAUGACAUCAUUGUUAAAAAUGUUCGGCGAAAAUGUUGGAGAAUCCGUGUUGAAGUUUCCGGAGAAUACUAAGAAGUUAAAGAAACGAAUAUAUGCGGUAAUCGACAAAAUCAACAAGGGAGGAAAAAUAUCAACGAAACAUAGAAAUAAUAUAAAGACGGAUAUUCCUGGAAGUGGAGAAAGAACAAACGAUGACAAAGAAAACUUUUUUGAAGAUUUUUCCUCGGAAUCGUUCAACGAGGGGUUACCCGAGGUCAAAGUUCAACCUCCAAACCUGCCAGAAUAUCAGAAUGGUAUCUCAUUCGGGGAAUCCCCCACAGAAGAUACCACAAAACCAUUAAACCGCGAAGCAACGGAAAUCGAGUCUCCGGCUUUCUACGAGGAUUGUAACGGAUUUAAUUAAUGAGAUUUCUAUGUUUGUAUGUAAAUUAGGGUCAAUUUAAAUAAAUAUCAUUUUUAUGUUCAAACAAA